AUGGACGAUGGGUGGUGGAGAUGGCUCCAGUUAAAUCUGCAGAACAAGUGUGGAGAAAGUAAACAAUGCAAGUGUGGAAGUGCUAGAAUAGUUGGUAUUACAGCCAGUAAGGUUACUAAUGAUAGCAAUACCGUUGGUUUUGUUGUUCUUGUCCACGAAAGUGAUAAACCAUUCACUCUACUUCAGGAUCUAGGCAAUGGUGAGGAGCUAGAAGUGAACCAAGAAGUUAAGAAUGUUACAAAAGUAUCUGUAUACUACUGGAAAGGAGAUGAUUAUUUUCAGAAUCCACUCCUCCUGAAAGUAGAUAUUGAUUGCAGUAAUACGCGGUACUACUACAGAUAUAGCGAAUGUGAACUAAAAAGUAAAGGAAAAAAUCCGAAAUUUUGGCAGUAUAUAGGACCUUCCACAAGCAAUCUUACACUGCAGGUUAUGCUUGAUGAUAGAAACUGUGGUAGAAAUCAUGCUGUUCCACUUAACAUAAAGGAUCCUGAAGCUGGUACACUUCCCAGCGAUGUUAACUCUACUUGUCUAAAGACUAAAAGAAAGAUAUCACUUGUUGAUUUACAACUUCUUACUGGGGACGAAUACACUAUUGAAGAAUAUAAAAUUAAUGGUGAAAAUACGAAAAUCUCCAGAGCUACAUAUGGUACUGACUAUAUCCCUGGUAUCAAUCUCCCACAUGACUAUAAAGUCUCCAAGGUUAGAAUGUUUUCAUAUUCUAGGAGCCAGGUGCCACUUAUGCUCCAGUUCGUAAAGAAUGGUGGAACGGAAGAGUCUAAAUGGUUUUACAGCGCGAGCAAAGAUGGUAAUAACUGGGAAAGUGUUGAUGAAGAAAAGUCGGAGGCCUUUUAUGAUACUGGACACCAGCCACAAGAGGCACUUACAACUACUCUUGAUGAUAUUAGAUGUUUACGCGACAGUGAAAUUACAUUAAAUCUUACCAAAGAUGCAUAUACUGGAGGAAAGCCUUGUUGUGAGCAUCAUAAAGAUGAGAAAAAGGUCUCUGUGAAGGAAGUACCAGUUAAUCAUAACCACCAACAUGUUCCUUCAAACAAUCUUACAGUCAAAAAACACUCGAUUAGCUCUGGAUACAGUGUCUCCGCUAUAAAGUACAAUGAAGGUGGAAGUGGUCAAGUGAAAAGUAUAACUUUGAAUGGUCUACAAUUUCCCAUAUCUAGUCAUGUUAGUGUCUAUGUAUUAUAUUGUGGAAAUAAUCCAGCUCUUAUUUAUGUUAAAGGAAAUGGGCAAGCCAAAUGGUACCAGAAGCCUACUGGGAGUAGUAGUAGUGGUAAUGGAAAUGAACAGUGGGAAAAAGUUGAACUGGAUGGUAUAACACCAAGCAGCUUUCAUAACCUUGGUUGCCAACAAUGGAAUGAUUUUGUGAAUGUAUUGACAGACUAUGGAUAUAAAAACUUGCAAAGAUGUCCGGGUACUAGAGUUAUAAAAAUUGUAGUUGGGGGAGUUAGUGGUUCCAUAAUCGCUCUACUUGGAGGUUUUGAGACUCUCGCAUUUUUUAAAUAUCCAAGUAAAAGCGUCAUAAGGUCAAUAGUUGGCAUGUUCAACAAGUCGCUAGACUAUACACCUGUAGAACAACUGGAUGGCCUGAUAUUCAUAGGGACCCAAAAUUCGGGAAUUUCUGCAGCUCAUUUGUAUCAAAACUUUUUAAGAAAUGUAGUAUGA